AUGGAGUACGCACCCAUGGAUACGACGGACCACUGCCACACUUCCACGGCAAGCUACUCCGGAUCAGGCUUUCUGACGCCCUUGUCGACACCGUAUGAAGGCCGCCGAGACUCGAUCGUCUCUUCUCAAUCUGCGCUGUCGUACGCCCAGAGCUUCUCAAGUGUAUCCGAUGCCUACUCGCCGCAUCAGAUGCCCUCAACGCCGCAGAACGGUGUAGAUGCACUAUCGGAGAGCUUCUUUUACGCAACGUCCGGCCUGAACUUCGAGGACCUCUCACCGCACCAUGGACUGCCAUUCCCGAGGGGUUGUGUCAAGGAAUCCCUGCUUCCGCUUCGUAAUAUUGCACCCAGCACGGAUAGUGGUCUGCUCGACUAUCGUACCCAUGGAUGGGAAAUGGUCCAACGGCCUGAACUCGAGAGCUCUCUCUCAUUAACUGGUCCUGUAUGCGACUGUACCAUGCCAGCUUCGGGCGACUUUUCCUUGGCUCUGCAAUCGAUGCUUGAUCCCCGUGCAAGCGGCGAGCCGGUGCGUUCGGCGCUGGAAUCCUUCAACUCAUCAACCUCCUGGGAAGGAGAGCACAUUUCCUCGUCUACGGGCUCGUUCGUCCACAUACAAUACCCACCCGAAGACCAAUCAAUGCUUGACAGCACCAACGCUUCAUACACCAUGACACCUGCAGCGAGCCAUCAAUGGAUGAUGCCAACCCUGGACGCCAGGAUGCAUACUUCGACUGUAGUUCCAUCGGAUACGUCGGUGGAUCUCGAAACGGAUGGCUUCGCCAACAUCCAGGUUGAUGUUGCCGAUAGUGGCUUUAGUGCGUUCGAGCAAUACCCGCCAUCAAGUCCUUGCCCAAUCGAUCCUUACGCUGGAGCUGAGCCGAGCUGUCUUGAUAUCAAACCGGUGCAUGACCACGAUCAUUCGGAGGAUGAUAGCUCGACCCGUGCUGUUUGGAGUGGCAGGAAAGUGGCCCGAUCGGUGUACACCACAAGGACUGGCGGGAAGGGCCUGAAGAAGGAACGACGGAGGGCGGGAGUCAGCCGACGGAAAACAAAAACCGAGGAUCUCCCAUUCUGCACCCGCCGGGUAGGUGGUGGGGAGGUUCGCGUCGCAAUCGAUGGAGAAUGGGUCGUACGCAACGACGGCAAAUAUGCCAGUCGCGAGGCGACACAAAAGAAACACUUCUGCGACGAGAUGAUUGGCAAUCACAUAUGCAGAAAGGCCUUCAAUAGGCCAGAGCACUUAAAGCGCCACAAGGACACGCACUCAGACCAGAGGCGCUUUGAGUGCGUACUGGGACCGAACUGCAAUAGCAGAAAUCCUAAGAAAUGCCAAGGAGACGGAAAUAGGAAGUUUGGGCGGAAUGAUAAUUGUAAUGACCAUUACAAAACGCACUUGAGGAGAAGUACAGCCGGGCGUAACACCCGGUUCGACAAUCCACAGGAGCUUUUCGACAUUAUCGAAGAAAAGAAGACGCCGGAGGAUGCUGAGAAGCUGAUCGAACGACUAGUGAAUUGGAUGAAGGGACUAGAAGAGAAGGAGAGGAAAGAUGGCAAAUCCAUGAUAUGGGAGGAGUAUUGGGCGGAGCAUUGGUAUUGGGUUAAGAUCAAGGACAACAAGGACGAGCUGCGGCGUAAGGAGCGCUUCUGA